UGUCCAUGUUUGAAUAAAGUUGGAUUGAGAGGCGGGUCCACAGCUGCGCAGUGAGCAGAGGGAAGAUGGCGGAGAGUGACUGGGACACGGUGACGGUGCUGAGGAAGAAAGGGCCGAGCGCAGCGCAGGCCAAGAGCAAGCAGGCAGUCACAUUGGCACAACGCAGAGGAGAUGAUGUGGAGACUACAAAGAAAUGGUCUGCAGGACAAAACAAGCAACACACAAUCACCAAGAACACUGCAAAACUGGACCGGGAAACUGAAGAGCUGCAUCAUGAGCGAGUGUCACUUACUGUUGGCAAACUGAUCCAGCAGGGCCGACAGAAUCUGGGAAUGAAUCAAAAGGAACUGGCCACAAGAAUCAGCGAAAAGCCCCAGGUCAUUGCUGAUUAUGAAUGUGGGAAAGCCAUACCCAACAACCAGGUUCUUGGCAAGAUUGAAAGAGUACUCGGCCUCAAGCUACGUGGGAAGGAUAUUGGACAACCCCUGGACAAGGGGCCAAAGAAAAAAUGAGAACAAAGCCUCGAAAUCAGUUCUCCCUUUGAACUGGUCUCCCCUGGCUUUUUUCACAAGUCAGAAUGACAUAUUGCCAAGCUAAAUACGGAAAGGAUUGUGACCUGCCCCAGCUGAGUAACUCUAAUUGAUCUGCUGCCGGCAUUCUGUUUCACCCAAAGAGAAGCUUAGUUUCCGAUUCCCAGGCAUGGUUUUGAAUGCGAUUAAUCUGUAACCAGGGACAGAAGUGUGAAAACUUUAUUUGUGUUAAAUCCCCAUUCCACAACUGCACCGUUGACUGGGUGCAUAUAUUAUUUCCUCUCGCUUUCUCUCUUCUUUCCCUUCUCCCUGUAAGUUCUUGUAGAAAUAAAGUUUAAGCCUUUGGA